AUGAGGCCGCUGUUCUACCGCUGCUGCAACACCACAUCGGUGGAGAAGGGAAACUCAGCGACGAUGGGCGGGGUGCUGUUCAGCACGGGCCUCCUGGGCAACCUGCUAGCCCUGGGGCUGCUGGCGCGCUCGGGGCUGCGGUCGUGGCCGCGGCGCUCGCCGUGCCCGCCGCCCUCCGUCUUCUACGUGCUGGUGUGCGGCCUGACGGUCACCGACCUGCUGGGCAAGUCCCUCGUGAGCCCCUUCGUGCUGUCCGCCUACGCGCAGAACCGGAGCCUGAGGGGCCUGGUGCCCGCAUCCGGCAGCUCGCUGUGCCAAGCCUUCGCCUUCUUCAUGUCCUUCUUCGGGCUUGCAUCGACGCUGCAGCUGCUGGCCAUGGCCCUGGAGUGCUGGCUCUCCCUGGGGCAUCCCUUCUUCUACCGACAGUACAUCACCCCGCGCCGGGGCGCACUGGUGGUGCCUGUCGUGGGCGCCUUCUGCCUCGCUUUCUGCUCGCUGCCCUUCGCGGGCUUCGGGAAGUUCGUGCAGUACUGCCCCGGCACCUGGUGCUUCAUUCAAAUGGUCCACGAGGAGCGCUCGCUGUCGGUGCUGAGCUACUCAGUGCUCUACGCCAGCCUCAUGCUGCUGCUGGUCCUCGCCAUCGUGCUGUGCAACCUGAGCGCCAUGCGCAACCUCUACGCGAUGCACCUGCGGCUGCGGCGGCUCCCGCGCUCUGGCCCCAGGGAACGAGCGGAGCUGGCCGCCGGCGAGAGGGAAGAGACCCCGCAGCCCCUGGAGGAGCUGGAUCACCUCCUGCUGUUAGCCCUCAUGACUGUUCUCUUCACCAUGUGCUCCCUGCCUUUAAUUUAUCGCGCUUACUAUGGAGCGUUUAAAGCUGUUCAUGAGAAAAAUGGAACUGCUGAAGAAAUUGAAGACCUCCGAGCCUUACGCUUUCUCUCUGUGAUCUCCAUUGUGGACCCUUGGAUUUUCAUCAUUUUCAGAACAUCGGUAUUUCGGAUGUUUUUUCACAAGAUUUUUAUAAGGCCUCUUAUGUAUAGAAACUGGCACAGCAGUUCUUACGGAACUAACAUGGAAUCCAGCCUGUGA